GAUUCGUGUCCCCGCACUGCUGGGAGGCGCUGUCUGGGGACACACGGUGAGAGACACCGUAGAAGGGGCUCCGGUCCACAACACGCCUUGGAGCCGGAGCCGCCGACCCGUCUGAACACUGACGGGUUAAAGAAAAGGCAGGAAGGGUUUGAAGAGAUCAGCUCAAGGUCGCCUGCUAGUGAGUGCCAGGCUGGACGCACCAACCCACCUGCUCAGCUGCAAGUUCUUAUUUCUGCUUCCCCGACUGCUACACAGAGUCCGCCUGUCUCCCCAUACCCACUGACAGAAUCUCACUGACCUCUCGACCCUCUCCUCCCUGCGUGGGGUUGCUUACCCGGCCUCUUCUGGCUGGGGUGUUCUUCAUUUCUGUGGCCCUUCUCUUCCUCCCCUCUCUAAACUGUAGCCAACCCCCAUCACUUGCUUGUCAUUCUUUCCCAUACAUGUACCAAGCACCUACUGUGUACUAGAACAAGGCAGACAAGGCCAUACCCAGGUGUGCCCCUGGUGUGUCCCAAGUGUCCUCCAGCUGUGUCCCAGCUGUCUCAGGUGUGUCCCAACCAUGCCCCAGGUAUGUCCCAGGUAUGUCUCAGGUAUCCCCCAGGUCUGCCUCAGGUGUGUCCCAGGUGUCCUCCAGCUGUGUCCCAGCUGUGCCCCAGCUAUGUCCCAGGUGUGUCUUAGGUGUGCCCCCAGUGAGUCUCAGGUGAGCCCCAGGUGUGUCCGAAGUGUCCCUCAGGUGUGCCCCAGGUGUGCCCCAGGUAUGUCUCAGGUGUCCCCCAGGUGUGUCUCAGGUGUGCCCCUGGUGUGUCCCUGGCCUCUUCGUUCCCUUCUCUCUCCUGCCUCUCUCUGUGUGGGACCUCAGCCUGGGUGUAGCUGGUGUCUCCUGCAUCCCCGUCCUAAUUUCACCUGAACCUUUCUCUUGGCGUUUCUCCUUCACCAGCCAGCACAGCCCAGGUGAGGGCAGGGGCUGAUGUGAAGCUGAUCCCUGGGCAAGGGCCGGGGUUACGUUAGGUCAUCAGAGCCGCCAGCAUGACACAGCUGCUCUCAGCGUCAGGUCAGGACAAAUGUUGGUCCUCACAUAGUGACCAGUCCCCUGGCCAGGGGUCUCACCCGUGGACGCCCAGAAAGCCUGUUCCUAAACUCCUAUCAUCAGCUGGUUUUAUUCUCACUCGCGGGUUUUCUAAAGAAAAAAAUGACACAUAGUGGGGAAAACACCAGCCAUCUUUGUGAAUUCAGGUUUCUCCUGGGCCCCCUCCCUUCACCUGGGCCCCGUGUCCCCACCAGGAAACAGGCGGAGGGUCCAGCUCAUCUGCGCGGGCCAGCGGGCCGGACGGGGAGGCUCGGGGCUCCCGUGCGCUGGGCCUGGGCCAGGUGUGUCCUUCCCGCGGGAAGGAGCGGGGCAGGUGGCCCGUCUAAUCCCUGCGAGCGGCUUAGGGAUUGUCUUUUUCUGGCACCUGCUCCGCCCUGUGCGCCCUCCACUCCAGCCGGGAUUUCGCCUGAGCUGGGUCAGCGGGCUUCCUGGGGCUCCCGGUGCCCGGCCAUCCUCCUGUCCGCAGAGGGUGGGAACGGGCCAGAGGCCAAGGGCAGUGGGUUAGGCCGGCUUGGGACGUGGGAGCCGGACGCGGAGGGAGGCCGGCGCCAGGAUGGAUUUCGGGUCCCUGGAGACGGUGGUGGCCAACUCGGCCUUCAUUGCUGCCCGGGCCAGCUUCGACGCGAGCAGCGGCCCGACCUCCCGGGACAGGAAGUACCUGGCCCGGCUCAAGCUGCCCCCGCUGUCCAAGUGCGGGGCGCUGCAGGCGAGCCUGGACCUGGGCUUCGAGAGCGUGUGCUCGGAGCAGCCCAUCGGCAAGCGGCUCUUCCAGCAGUUCCUGCAGGCCCAGGAGCAGCACGUGCCGGCCCUGGAGCUCUGGAGGGACAUCGAGGUCUACAACACCGCCGGUGACGACCUCCGGCCGCAGAAGGCCCAGGCCAUCCGGGCCGAGUACCUGGACCCCCAGGCCAAGCUCUUCUGCGGCUUCCUGGACAAGGAGAUGGUGGCGCAGGUCCGGGAGGGGCCGGCGGGGGCCGGGGACGGGCUCUUCCAGCCCCUCCUGCAGGCCACCCUGGCGCACCUGAGCCAGGUCCCCUUCCAGCAGUACCUGGACAGCCUGUACUUCCAGCGCUUCCUGCAGUGGAAGUGGUUGGAGGCCCAGCCCGUGGGCGAGGACUGGUUCCUGGACUUCAGGGUCCUGGGGCGGGGAGGCUUUGGGGAGGUGUCUGCCUGCCAGAUGAAGGCCACCGGGAAGAUGUACGCCUGCAAAAAGCUGAACAAGAAGCGGCUGAAGAAGAGGAAGGGGUACAAGGGCGCGAUGGUGGAGAAGAAGAUUCUUGCCAAAGUCCACAGCAGGUUCAUCGUGUCUCUGGCCUACGCCUUUGAAACCAAAACCGACCUCUGUCUGGUGAUGACCGUCAUGAAUGGAGGCGACAUAAGGUACCACAUCUACAACGUGGACGAGGAGAACCCCGGCUUCCCGGAGGCGCGCGCCCUCUUCUACACGGCCCAGAUCAUCAGCGGCCUAGAGCACCUGCACCAGCGAGGAAUCAUCUACCGAGACCUCAAGCCCGAGAACGUGCUCCUGGACGACGACGGCAACAUCCGAAUUUCUGACCUUGGGCUGGCCGUGGAGCUGAAGGAAGGGCAGACCAAGACCAAGGGCUAUGCGGGGACGCCAGGCUUCAUGGCCCCGGAGCUCUUGCGGGGUGAGGAGUACGACUUUGCCGUGGAUUACUUCUCCCUGGGGGUCACGCUGUACGAGAUGAUCGCGGCCAGAGGCCCCUUCCGAGCCCGCGGAGAGAAGGUGGAGAACAAGGAACUGAAGCAGCGGGUCCUGGAGGAGGCGGUCACCUACCCCGACAAGUUCAGCCAGGCCUGCAAGGACUUCUGCGAGGCGCUGCUGCAGAAGGACCCCGAGAGGCGCCUGGGCUUCAGGGACGGCUCCUGUGAUGGGCUCCGCGCCAGCCCCCUCUUCAGAGACAUCAGCUGGCGGCAGCUGGAGGCCGGGAUGCUGACCCCCCCCUUCGUCCCAGACUCCAGGACUGUCUAUGCAAAGAACAUCCAGGAUGUGGGUGCCUUUUCCACAGUCAGGGGUGUGGCCUUUGACAAAGAGGACACAGAAUUCUUCCAGGAAUUCGCCACCGGCACCUGCCCCAUCCCCUGGCAGGAGGAGAUGAUCGAGAAGGGCAUCUUUGGGGACCUGAACGUGUGGCGGCCUGACGGGCAGAUGCCCGACGACAUGAAGGGGAUCUCCGUGCCGGAGGCGGCCCCCUCGUCCAAGUCGGGGUUGUGUCUGGUUUGCUAGGCCAGCUGCAGCGCCUCAUGGGUCAGCUGAGCCCCUCCCGCCAGGCCGCUGCAUGGCUGUGGCCCGGCGCUCAGCACAGGCAGGACAGAGGAAGCCGGUCCAGCCCGGCCUCCCGCGCAGGGUCAGGAGUGCCAGCAGUAGAUAGCCUACCUCUUUUGCACCCUUUCACUCAAAAAGGAUCCGGUGGUCCCAGGACGGAAUGCACCAGCGACGUGUGGCUCUCCAGGCCCUGGAGCGGACGUGCAAGCUGGCGGCGGCUUGGGCGGCGAGAGUGAAGACUCAGUUCGGGCUCCCUGCACCGCAGCUGCAGCUUCGCAGGCCCUGCCUUCUCUGGGCUGGUUCAGAGGUCGGCAAACCCUGGCCUGUGGGCUUGCGGGCUCCGCUGGGAGGCCCGGACUGUGCGCCGGCCCGGUUUCCCUUAGCGCCCAGCUCCUGGCCCCGCCCCUAGCUGUCGGGUCACUGCUGGGGCUGAGCUGGUCCCCGCCCACACGUUGGGGAUGCCAUCUGCACAUCUGCCGGUGCUGAGUCUCCAGCGGGGUCCCCUUGCCGGCCGGGGCCUGGGCGUCCAGGAGGAGGGGAAGGGACAGGGGCCUGGGGGUGACGCUGACCGCGGUGGUCACCCCCUUGGCUUCUCCUCAUCCUGAGACCAUCGCCAGUUGAUGACAACUGGACACAAGCUGCCCACCCCCGGCAGACAGAACGGGCCAGCGGCUGUCUCCCCGCACCCGGCACCUGCUUCCCACCCCAACUCUGCCUCUUGUCCUGCAAGGCCUGGCCCUCUCCUGGCCUCCCUCCUGGGGCCAGGAGGGCUGGUGUUGCUGCGUGGGGUUUGCUGCCUGACGGCCGGGAGCAGUCCCCUCCCUUUCUUGAGCGCCUCUGCCCUCAGAGUGUCACGCCGAGUGUGGCUAGCACCCCUGCCAUCUGCUCCCCCAGCAGCCUCGGGACAGGAGUGACCCUGAGGGGCACGACCUUGGAGGCUGCGGCCCAGCCACCUGGGACCAGUGGCCCCGCUGGCCUGGAGCCACUGCAGGAGGCUGGCCCCGGGCUGUUGUGGCUCAGACAGCCAUCAGGUGGAAGAGGCCGGCUCGUUGGUGGGGAUGUUUCAGCGUAUCUUCGGGUCCCUUGUGCACCGAGGG